AUGCCCUUUGGGCUGUGUAAUGCACCUGGAACAUUCCAAAGGUGUAUGAUGGCUAUUUUCUCUGACUUCUUGGAGAAGACUGUUGAAGUCUUCAUGGACAAUUUCUCAGCCUUUGAAGACUCAUUCCAAUCAUGCUUAGAUAAUUUGGAGGCCGUCCUUGCUCGAUGCGAGGAAAUGAACCUUGUGCUGAAUUGGGAAAAAUAUCAUUUCAUGGUGACGGAAGGAAUUGUUUUAGGCCACAAAGUAUCUAAAGCUGGGUUGGAAGUUGAUGAAGUCAAGAUAGAUGUCAUAGCUAGACUUCCACCACCAUCAAAUGUUAAAGCUCUACGAAGUUUUCUAGGACAUGUUGGCUUCUAUCGAAGCUCCGGUACUAAUAGCACCGAAUUGGACGCAUCAUUUUAUUCUCAUGUGCGACACGAGCGAUAUUGUAGUGGAACAAUGUUAGGGCAAAAGAAGGGAAAUUUGAUACAUCCCAUCUCUUACGCGUCAAAGACACUGAAUGACUCUCAGGAACACUACACGACCAUGGAAAAAGAAAUGUUGGUUGUAGUGUUUGGCAUCGAGAAGUUCAAAUCUUAUUUAGAAUAUGACAUUGAUAUUCAGGACAGAAAGGGAACUGAGAAUCAGAUGGCUGACCACCUGUCCAGGCUAGAAAAUCAAGAAAUGCAAGAUCAAGAAAGUGAAAUCAAAGACGCAUUUUCUGAUGAAAGCUUGUUCAGAGUUGAAGACAGGGAACCUUGGUACACAGACAUAGUUAAUUACUUAACUACCAAGCAAUUCCCUGGGAACUUCAACUCUCAGCAAAAGAAACGGUUAGUACAUGACAACAAAUUUUAUUUUUGGCAUGAAUUGUUUCUCUAUAAACAAGGCCCAGACUUCAUCAUGCGUCGAUGCAUUCCGGAGGAAGAGACACAACACUUCUUGGCUGAGUGUCAUGACUCUCCUUACGGAGAGCAUUUUGGUGGGCAAAGAACCGCUGUGAAGGUCCUUCAAAGUGGAUACUUCUGGCCCACCCUCUUUAAAGACGCGAGGGAGUUUGUUCGUAAAUGUGACCCCUGCCAACAGUUGGAGCACAAGGCUUUUUUGGCAGUAAAGAAGCUAAAUUUGAACUUGGACGCCGCAAGUGCUCAACGCAAACUUCAGCUCAAUGAGCUUGAGGAGUGGCAAUUGAACGCAUACGAGAACAACAAGCUCUACAAGGAGAAGACAAAGCGUUGGCAUGACCAAUGCAACAGUAAGAAAGAGUUUUGUUGUUUGGCGAAAAAGUUCGGUGGUCAGGACCAUUCAUCAUUAAAAACAGUCUUUCCCCAUGGAGCAGUAGAAAUUAACACGGAGGAUGGCACCAAUGUGUUCAAAGUAAAUGGCCAAAGAGUGAAGCCAACUUUGAAAGAUGGCAUAAAACGUCAAAAUUCAUCUCUCGCACUCGUAAAGCCAACUGAGGCCCGUGUCGAAGCAUCUCUGCAUUGA